CCGGCCCGGGGUGUGAUUGGAGCCGGGGCCGGCGGCGGGACGAUAAAAAGGGCGGCGGGUGGCGGUGCCCGCUCCGGACCGGGCUAGACGGCGGCGGCGGCGAUGCCGGGCCGAGCGGAGCCGUCGGGGGGACGCGCGGCGGCGGGGCCGGUGGCGGUGCCCGUACCGGUGGCACCCGGGGCGGCGGCGCGGCCGGGAGGCGCAGGGCUGCGGUCCAAGGGCUUCGCCAUCACCGACCUGCUGGGGCUGGAAGCCGAGCUGCAGCCGCCCCCCGGGCCCACUCCCGCUGCCACCGCCGGUGGCUACGAGGGCGGCGGGGCGCUGGGGCUGGGGUUGGGGCUGCUCUGUGGCCUGGGGGGGCCGGGCGCCCCGUGCCUGCUGCCCGCCCCUCUGCCGCUUCUGCCCGCCCGCGGCCCCCGCCCGCCCCCCGGGCCACCUCCUGCCGCCCGCCGCCACAAGGAGAACAUCUCCGAUGAGGACAGUCUGUCUGGGGACGCCAGCGACAUGAAGAUGUCCACCUCCCAGAUCAAGAGGAAGAAACGCCGGCACAGGACGGUGUUCACAGCUCACCAGCUGGAGGAGCUGGAGAAGGCUUUCAAUGAAGCGCACUACCCUGACGUCUAUGCCCGGGAGAUGCUGGCCAUGAAGACAGAGUUGCCGGAGGAUAGGAUACAGGUUUGGUUUCAGAACCGAAGAGCCAAGUGGCGGAAGCGGGAGAAGUGCUGGGGCCGGAGCAGCGUGAUGGCCGAGUAUGGCCUCUACGGGGCCAUGGUGAGGCAUUCCAUCCCUCUGCCUGAGUCCAUCAUCAACUCUGCCAAGAGUGGGCUGGUGGGAUCCUGCGCCCCGUGGCUGCUGGGCAUGCACAAAAAAUCCAUGGAGGUAAGCAGGAAGGCAGAGAGCCAAGAGAAGCUGGCAGAUGGCUGGCGAACGGAGCAGGAGGAGGAGGAACUCAAAGAGAAGCAGGCCAGUUCCCAGAGGGGCUCCGACAAGCUUGGCCCUGCAAAAGACUCAGAGGACACAGCCAUUGACCUCUCCAGGACAGCCAAGCACGAGAAGAGGGGUGUACUGAGGCAGUGCAUCAACGGGACACCCCCCCCCGAGCAGAACGACAGGGACCACUGAGCUUGGGCUGCCCUGGAGGAGGCCAGACCUCACAGAGUCCUGGCAAGAUAAUAAUAUUUAUUCAUUUAUUGAUAUAUAUAUUUUUUCUUAAAUAAUGGAACUUCUAUCUGAAUUCAGGGCAUUUUAAAACUGAGCACACACAUCCCCUUGUCCCCUCACUUUCAAGCUGUUCACUUCUCAGCGGAGCCAGGGUGGAGGGUGGGAGAAGUGUCCCAGCAGGGCCAAGAGCAGUGCGAAAAUGGGACUGCAUUGUGGUCAGCACAGAAUGCUGCUGGAGAAGAGCCAUUCUUUCCUUCUGGGCUGUGACCACUUCCCCAGCUAGCCAGGAGCACAAAGAGGAGCAACGCAAUGGGAGUCGCUCCCUCCAACACGCAGGUGCAAAGCUGGUGCAGGAGUUUACAGACGUCUUCUCCAAGCACAGCGCCCACGUGCCAGUCCUUCCAUGUUGAACACGCAAUUCUUCCACCUCGAGGAUAAGCAGGGUUUUUAAACACUGUGGGGUUCAUCCUCAAGCUGGUGUAACCUGAGGAUGUAUAAACACUCAGGUUUACAGUUUCUGAGGAUCUGGCCUGCCAAUGCAGCCUUAUCACUGGAUGUACACUGUGUAGCUUCCUUAACUCACAUUUGGGAGAAGGGGGUAAAGACAUUUUUGUUUAUGCAAUGAUUUUGUACACUCUUGAAUGUUACCUGCAACACUAUGCAUAAUAGAACAGACCUUUUUGAAAAGCAAGCCAUAGUACCCCAGAGCAAUUAAACAAUUUUGUGAAUUGUCAGAAGAAGAUAUUUUGUAAUUGUCUGUAAAAAAUGUUAAUGUCAGAGCUGUUUCUUGGUUGCCCCAUAUUUGUGUCUAAAAGCACUUUAGUGAUCUGGAUUUUUGAAUGUGGCUCUUCCUGUAUUGUCCACCAUUUAUUUAUUACACAUCCAUAAAUAAAAUUGUGGUGUAUCUUUGGUUUUCA